GUAAUAUUCUAUAUUCCCUUUAAAAAAAUAUAACUAAAUCAUUGGUAGGUGAUCAUUAUUUGCAUAUUGUCCAAGAAUCUACCAAAGACAAAUGACAAUUUAAAACCACAACAAACACAGGGAGAACAUCACAAAAAUUGACACACCUGUAUACAUAAUAUAUACACAAUUUUGGACUCUACUCGACCCACCAAACACUCAUAGACACCCACACCGCUAGCUCGGUUACUAGCCGAGUCCAAUCCAUUGAAGUUAAACAAUAUAUAUAAUCACUCUAUUAUUAACUUACCAAAACUUGACUAGGCCUCUCAAGUCUGAAACAUAAUCGAAACAGAGCUAAAAAUUUGGAGGAAAGCGAAGUCACUCACUUAAAAUAAUGCUUUCAAAAUCAUCAUCUAUAGCAGCACACCAGCCACUGCUACAUUUCCUUCUUCUUCUCCUCUCCAAUUUUUCAUGGGCAACUUCAUCAUCAAAUUCAAGUACACCUCAAAACUUUAUUCAAUGUGUGUCAAUCAAUUCUCAGCUUUCAGUACCAGUAGUCACAACCCUUUUCACACCAAACACUUCUUCAUACAAUUCUGUUCUAACUUCUACAGUAUCAAAUCUCAGGUUCUUAGAACCAUCAUUUUCAAAACCCCAAUUCAUCUUUACUCCCCUCCAUGAUUCCCAUGUACAAGCAGCCGUGCUUUGCUCAAGAAAGCUAGGCUUCCAUAUCAGAAUUCGUAGUGGAGGCCACGACUACGAAGGAGUCUCCUUUGCCUCCCACUUCCAAACUCCUUUCAUUCUCAUAGAUCUGAUCAACCUUCGACUAGUCGAUGUUAACAUUGAACAAAACUCAGCUUGGGUUCAAGCUGGCGCCACAAUUGGAGAACUUUACUACAGAAUUUCACAGAAGAGUAAAGUCCACGGCUUCCCAGCCGGGAUUUGUCCGAGCGUGGGAAUUGGAGGGCACAUAACUGGUGGAGCUUAUGGGUCUUUGAUGAGAAAAUAUGGACUCGCAGCUGAUAAUGUACUCGACGCUCGAAUCGUCGAUGUGAACGGAGAAAUUCUUGAUAGAGAAAAGAUGGGAGAAGACUUGUUUUGGGCAAUUCGCGGUGGCGGUGGAGGAAGCUUUGGAAUCAUUCUUUGGUGGAAGAUUAGGCUUGUACCUGUGCCUGAAACAGUCACACAUUUUAAGAUUGGUAAGACGUUAGAACAAGGGGCCUUGAAGCUUGUCUCUCGAUGGCAACAAGUUAUGGAUAAGUUUGAUGAAGAUCUCUUCAUGAACGUUCGUUUUACUGUAAUUAAUUCAAGCUGCAACAGUAGUGUUAAUCAGAGAACACUGAGGAUUGAUUACAAUGCACUAUUUCUUGGGGACUGUAAUAGAGUCCUGCAAGUUGUUGAAAAGUGUUUCCCUGAAUUGGGUUUGGAGAGAAAAGAUUGCAUGGAAAUGAGCUGGGCUGAAUCGGCUUUUUACUUAUUCUCAGAUGGCAAACCGGUGGAGAGCCUUCUCGAGGUGAAAACUAUCCCAAGAAUUUACUUCAAAGCCAAAACAGAUUUUGUCACAGUUCCCAUACCUGAAGAAGCCCUCGAGGAAAUAUGGACGAGGUUGUUGAAAGAAGAGAAUGAGCCUAUGAUUUGGACUCCAUUUGGUGGAAUGAUGAGUAAGAUUUCGGAAACAGAAAUUCCAUACCCUCAUAGAAAGGGAAUUCUUUUCAUGAUUCAGUAUUUCAGUAGCUGGGAAGAUGAAGAAGAUUCAGAAAGACAUAUUGAUUGGACUAGGGAGUUGUAUGAGUACAUGACUCCUUAUGUUACCAACUCUCCAAGACUAGCGUAUGUCAAUUACAGAGAUCUUGAUUUGGGGAUUAACGAGAAAAACACCAACUUGUUAACUUUGACAAGUAGUGAUCAUUGGGGUAUUAAGUAUUACAAAAAGGAUAACUUUAAGAGAUUGGUGCAAGUGAAGAGCCAAGUUGACCCUGAUAACUUCUUCAGGCAUGAACAGAGUAUUCCACCUUUAAAUUACUAGUACAUUUGGGAAUAUUAUUAUGAAAUUUUCUCACAUGUGAUUUCAUUUCAUUGCUUAUAACUUUUAUUUUUAUGUUGUUAAAGCUGGACGGAAUAGAUUAUGAAAUUGUAUCUCACAUGUAUGUAUACUGUGUAAGGGCCUGUCCAUUAAUAUGAAGAAAAUCAGUUGAGGG